CAGCGCUUCGCAGCUUCCCGGAGUUUGCAGAGGCGGCGGCGGCGGCCCCCGGCAACAGGCAGCCCGGCCCCGUUGCCCGGCCAGGCCCCGCGGCUUCCCAACUUCCCUCCCUUGUCCGGGGCGGCAAGAUGCGGGGGCCAUCGGGGCAGGCUCUCCUUCCUCGACGCCCGUCGCGUCCUUUGGCCCGAAGCCCGCAGUAAAAAACAAAACCUCUCCGGCGAUGGCGGUGCAAGCGGCGCCUCUGCCGCCUCCCCACCACCAGCCCUUCGGCCCCUUCGGCUUCCCGACGGCCGAGAGCUGCUACGGCCCCGACGGCAACGGCGGCGGCGGCGGGGCGUUGCUGUUGCUGGAAGGCGGCGGGGGCGGCGGCGUCGGGGCUCCCGACGGUGGUUGCCCCGAAGCGGCGGAUUUCCGCGAAGCCACCCGGGACCUCUUGAGCUUCAUCGAUUCGGCGUCGAGCAACAUCAAGCUGGCCUUGGACAAGCCGGGCAAAUCCAAGCGGAAAGUCAACCAUCGGAAGUAUUUGCAGAAGCAGAUCAAGCGCUGCACCGGCCUCAUCGGAGCCAACGCGGAGGCUGCGACGGCAACGACGACCGCUUCGGUUGCAGGUUCGAGUCCAACCGCCGCCCCCGCGAACAAGCCACCCUCGGCCUCCCCGGCGCCUUCCGCCUCGACGGCUCCCUCCUGCAAGCCUCCUAAACGGGAAAGCAAAAGCCUAGCGGCGCUUUUCGACUCCUGCUUGCGCUCCGCGCCGCCUUUCCAGCCCGGCGGAGCCCCGACGGCGGCCGUUGCAACCGCGGCCGCUCCUACCUCCAACGGCCAGGAGCAUCAUGCAGGCUCCGCUCCGACGGCUCCCGUCGCCUGCAAGAAAGUCCCACUGCGGAACCGUAACCUGCCCCGCUCCUUCUUCACCGAGCCGGCUCCCAACCGAGCUCCCAACCCCGCCGGCUUGGAAGGAGGAACCGUCCCGUCGGUGGCCGAAGAGCUCUUCGAUCUGCUGGCCGCUCCCGAUUACCGAGCCUUGUUGCAAGAAGCGACGGAGCCGCAUCCGCAGCCGCCCGUCUUUCCGACCGAGCUGCCUCUGGAGCCGCCGUUGUACGAGCCGCUGCCGUCGUUGGCUCCCCUGCUGUACGCCGAGACCCCCUUGCGACCCCUGCCGGCUCUCUACGCCGCCGCCGUCGCCGUGUCGGAUCCGACGGCGCCCUUCUUCGCGGAUUGCCCGCUGCCGCCUCCGCCGUCGAUGCCCUACGAUUACGGUUACAAUCGGGGGGCGCCUUACCCCAGCCUUUAGUCCUGGGGAGGGGGGGCUCGGAAGA